AUGAUCAACGUCCCGGGAAGGUGCACCGUGCUGGUCGUCGGUGGAGGGCCAGCUGGCUCGUAUGCUGCCUCGGCUCUUGCGAGGGAAGGAAUCGACGUCGUCCUCCUGGAGGCAGAAAGGUUCCCUAGAUACCAUAUCGGUGAAAGCAUGCUUCCGUCCAUGCGACACUUUCUCAAGUUCAUUGACGCCUACGACAAGUGGGAUGCCCAUGGCUUCAAUAUCAAGUAUACUCGUCUUUCAGAUACGGAUUUCGUCGCGGCUUCGGGACCGGGGGGCUACGCCUGGAAUGUGAUAAGAUCCGAGGCAGACGAGCUGCUGUUCAAGCAUGCCGCCGAAUGUGGCGUCAAGGCAUUUGACGAAACGAAGGUGGCAUCCAUUGAGUUUUCCUCGCCGGACCACGGGUCUGGAAAUGUGAGUCCCUUGGGCCGUCCGGUAUCGGCUACUUGGACUCGCAAGGAUGGGACUUCUGGAACCAUUUCGAUGGAUUAUAUCGUGGAUGCGUCCGGUAGAACCGGCCUUAUCAGCACCAGGUACCUCAAGGAUCGGUCCUACAACAAGGGAUUGAGGAAUGUGGCCAGUUGGGGUUACUGGAGGGGUGGUGGUGUCCAUGGUGUUGGCACACACAAAGAGGGUGCUCCGUAUUUCGAGGCACUCAAAGAUGCUAGUGGAUGGGCAUGGUUUAUCCCUCUGCACGACGGCACCCACUCUGUAGGUGUUGUGCAGAACCAAGAGAUGGCUACUGAGAAGAAGCGGAAAAUGGCCGAACCUUCCUCCAAGGGCUUCUACCUGGAGUCGCUGAAAUUUGUUCCCGGCAUCGAAGAACUGCUUUCACAAGCCCAGCUCAUCUCGGAGGUCAAGUCAGCCUCGGACUGGUCAUACAGCGCCUCAACCUAUGCCUUCCCUGGAGUGCGCAUUGCUGGCGACGCUGGAUCCUUCAUCGACCCCUUCUUCUCUUCUGGGGUUCACCUAGCACUUUCGGGAGGCUUGUCGGCAGCAACUACCAUUGCCGCGGCCAUUCGCGGUGACUGCGACGAGAAUGUUGCGGCGUCGUGGCAUGACAAGAAGACGUCUGAGAGCUAUACACGCUUUCUUUUGGUCGUAUCCAGUGCACUGAAGCAGAUCAGGUCUCAAGACGAACCCGUGAUCAGUGAUUUUGCUGAAGAUAGCUUCGAAAGAGCCUUUGAUUUGUUCAGACCCAUUAUUCAGGGGCAAGCAGAUGCUGACGCAAAGGGCAAGCUGACCCAAGCUGAAAUCUCCAAGACGGUCGAGUUUUGCUUUAGGGCAUUUGCGCAUGUCUCGUUUGAGGAGAAAGAGGCCCUUGUGGAUAAGCUCAAGUCGCUAGGCCACGAUGGAGAUGCUUAUGAUGAGAGCAACCGCAAGGCUCUCGAUGAGCUCGAGAAGCAGCUGACACCGGAGGAGCAGGCAAUCCUGAAAACGCUGAAGGGACGACGCAUGGUGCGGCCCGAGGAUUCGCUCAACAUUGACAACUUCACUCUCGACUCCAUCGACGGCCUCGCCCCGCGGUUGGAGAAGGGUAAUCUCGGAUUGUCCGCAGCGAAGAGAGCCGAGGUCAGAUACACAACGCGGGAUUCGCUUUCCUUCCUUAACGGCGAAGCGAGAGCAGCCAAGAAGAUGACUCCAAACGGCCAUCCCCAGACCAAUGGAACUAACAUGGGCAACGGCCAUCGUGCAGUAGGCGAACACUGCAACGGCGAUGGCAACGGCAACGUGGACGCGGUCUCUGUAAGGAGCUGCAUGACAAGCCUCAUCGCAGCCGAGAAAAGCUCUUCGCAGCCAUCGGCCGACGAAGCCACGAGACACCGUUUGAUCUCGUCACUGCAACAAUCGGCCGAGGAUCUUGAGACACCUUCUGACACAGUGCUGCGAUAUGUUAACGCGGGUCGACAGACGGCGCUGGUUUGCAUCGGCGCUGACCUUGGGAUCUUCAAGUCCCUCACAGAGAGCGAAACACCCUUGUCGUGCAAACAGCUUGCGGAAUCUACCAUGGCAGAUCCGCUGCUCGUCAGUCGCAUCAUGCGAUACUUGGUCGCUAACCGUCUGGUCGGAGAGACAGGACCCGACCAGUACGUGGCCAGUAAGAAGACGUUGGUCUUCGGCGAUCCGUGUAUUGAGCAGGCCAUGCGGUUUGUCCACGCCGUCAGCAACCGUGCUUUCCAAGCCCUGCCUGAAUUCCUGAAGGAGACGGGAUAUCAGAACAAACCCCAGCGUAGUGCCUUCCAAAAGGGCCUUGGCACGGAGCUUGAGCUCUAUCCCUGGCUCAAGCAGGAUCCGGAUAUGUUGAAGAGCUUCCAGGCCGCCAUGCGGCUUAGUAAAGACACUAACGGCCUAAGUGUGAUGCCUUUCCACAGCGCUGUGAGCAGUGGGCGUCACAGUGUCAUCUUCGUGGACAUUGGUGGCAAUAUUGGGCAUCAGGCUGCCGAAGUGCUGUCCCAGCACCCAGAGCUAGCCGGCCAAAUCGUGGUUCAGGACCUUGGAGAAGUCAUAAAAAGUGCUCCAGUUAUGAAAGGGAUCCAGUGGAUGGAGCACAGCUUUUUCGAUAUCCAGCCUGUGAAGGGGGCAAAGUAUUACUAUCUGCGAGCUAUUCUGCACAACUGGGAUGACGACCAUGCUGUGCAGAUACUUGCCAAUAUUGUGCCUGCUAUGUCGGCGGAAUCGCUGGUGGCGAUUGAUGAAGUGGUGGUGCCGGACAAGGAUGCUCACUGCUGGCCUGCCGGACUCGACCUCCAGAUGUAUACGAUUUUCGGGACCAUGGAGCGGACGGCAUUGCAGUGGGAUUCAAUUCUGGACAGAGCAGGGCUGCGUGUGGUGGCAGUCAAGAGGUAUGCACCUGUCAUGCAAAGCUCGGUCAUUUUUGCAGCUGCCAAGUAG